GGAGCGGGAGCUGGAGCAGGAGCAGGAGCCGGAGCAGGAGCCGGAGCAGGAGCUGGAGCUGAAUUAGGGGCUAGACCCGGAGCUGGAGUAGCGGCAGCAGCAGUAGCACAGCGGCAGCAGCAGCAGACGCCUGCUGCAGGGAGCCCCAACCGCGCGCUCCGGCCGUCUGUGGCUCCCCGCCAGCCCGGGUGGCCGGGCUCUGGCUCGGGGCUCCUCCCGCUUCGCCCGCGCGCCCCAACCCCCCGGGUCCCGAUGCCGAGGCAUGGAUAGAGCGGCGCUCCGAGCGGCGGCAGCGAUGGGGGAGAAAAAGGAGAGCGGAGGGGGCGCGGCAGCUGCGGCAGAUGUGGGGGCAGCUGGGACUGGGGCCGGGGCCGCGGCCAGCCGGGCUCUACAGCAGUGCGGGCAGCUCCAGAAACUCAUCGACAUCUCCAUCAGCAGCCUGCGGGGGCUGCGCACCAAGUGUGCGGUGUCCAACGACCUCACCCAGCAGGAGAUCAGGACCCUGGAGGCCAAACUGGUUCGGUACAUUAGCAAACAGCGGCAGUGCAAGCUCAGUGUGGCCCCUGGGGAGCGGACAGUGGAACUCAACAGCUAUCCGCACUUCAGCGACUGGCUGUACACCCUGAACGUGAGGACGGAAGUGGGACAGAAGAUCUCCGGGGAGCUCACACUGGAUGCUUUGCUGGAGAUGAACGAGACGAAGGUGAAGGAGACCAUGAGGCAUUGUGGUGCCAACGCCGAUGAGGUCAGCCGUGUCCACUACGCCCUCUCCUGCCUCCGGAAAGUGACCGGCUUAGGUGGGGAACCAAAGGAAGACUCAGCAUGGAGUCCCCUGGAUGCCCGGCGCGAGAGCGGCUCGGGACCUCCCCCGGACACCCUUUCCCCAGCUGGCUUGACCUGGACUCCUGGGGCCUCCCAGCUUGGCAAAGGCACCGGCAGCCAGCAGCCCCGCUCCAUCUCGGUGUCUGCCCUCCCCACGUCGGAUGCCGCGCCCCAGGGCCAGGGCCUCGGCGGCUACGGCGAGGGCCUUUCGGACAGUUACAUCUCCCUGCAUCACAGCGGAAGACUCACCCCUCGCACCCCGCACAGCUUCAUCACGCCCCCCACCACGCCGCAGCUGCGACGGCAGAACAAGCUCAAGCCCCCCCGGACGCCGCCCCCACCCAGCAGAAAAGUCUUCCAGCUCCUUCCCAACUUCCCCACCCUGACCAGGAGCAAAUCCCAUGAGUCUCAGCUUGGAAACAGAAUCGACGAGGUGCCCUCCAUCAAGUUCGAUCUCCACCACGGAUCCCCACAGACUGAAAGAAGAGACAUUGGCCUCUCAGUGACCCACAGGUUCUCAACAAAGUCUUGGCUGUCCCAAAUUUGUCACGUGUGCCAGAAGAGCAUGAUGUUUGGAGUGAAGUGUAAGCAUUGCAGGUUAAAGUGCCAUAACAAAUGCACAAAAGAAGUCCCUGUUUGUAGAAUAUCAUUCCUACCAUUGUCUAAACUACGGAGGACAGAAUCUGUGCCUUCAGACAUCAACAACCCAGUGGAUAGGUCAACAGAGCCCCAUUUUGGAACCCUCCCGAAAGCACUGACAAAGAAGGAACACCCUCCAGCUGUGAACCACCUGGACUCCAGCAGUAACCCGUCCUCCACCACCUCCUCCACGCCAUCCUCCCCCGCGCCCUUUCAGUCUUCCAACCCUCCCAGUGCGACGACACCCCCGAACCCCUCGCCGAUGGCUCAGCGGGACAGCAGGUUUAAUUUCCCAGCUGCCCACUACAUCCAUCAUAGACAGCAGUUUAUCUUCCCAGACAUCUCUACCCCAUCCCAAGCACCCCAAGUCCCUGAUGCAGCUGAAGAGACGCGGGUCAAUGACCAGCCAAAAGCCAGCAUGACUGAGGACCAUGAAACAGAGGUGGAAGAACAAGAGGCAAGUAAAUCAGAACUGGAGGAUGAUGAGGAUGAACUGGAUGAUCUCCCCAAUUCCCGGAAGCCGUGGAAAGGGAUGAUCUCUCGGAAAGCCAGCAAGACCAGCGUCUACCUGCAGGAGUGGGACAUUCCCUUUGAGCAGGUGGAGCUGGGGGAGCCGAUCGGGCAGGGACGAUGGGGGAAAGUGUACCGGGGCAGAUGGCACGGGGAGGUGGCUAUCCGCCUUCUGGAGAUCGAUGGCAACAACCAGGACCAUCUCAAGCUGUUUAAGAAGGAGGUCAUGAAUUAUAGGCAGACGCGGCACGAGAAUGUCGUGCUCUUCAUGGGAGCAUGUAUGAAUCCCCCCCACCUUGCCAUCAUCACCAGUUUCUGCAAAGGGCGGACGCUCCAUUCCUUCGUGAGGGAUCCCAAGACCAGCUUGGAUAUCAACAAAACCAGGCAGAUUGCCCAGGAGAUCAUCAAGGGUAUGGGGUACCUGCACGCCAAGGGCAUCGUUCACAAAGACCUGAAAUCCAAGAAUAUCUUCUAUGACAAUGGCAAGGUUGUCAUCACAGACUUUGGGCUGUUUGGGAUCUCCGGUGUGGUGCAGGAGGGCAGGCGGGAGAAUGAACUGAAGCUGCCACACGAUUGGCUGUGCUACUUGGCCCCUGAAAUCGUUCGGGAAAUGACUCCAGGGAAAGAUGAAGAUAAGCUGCCCUUCUCCAGAGCUGCUGACGUGUAUGCCUUUGGGACGGUUUGGUAUGAACUACAAGCAAGAGACUGGCCUUUCCAGACCCAACCUGCAGAAGCCCUGAUCUGGCAGAUUGGAAGCGGGGAAGGAGUCAAGCAAGUCCUGGCGGGGAUCAGCUUGGGGAAGGAAGUCAGUGAGAUCCUGUCUGCUUGCUGGGCCUUUGACCUGCAGGAGAGACCCAGCUUUCCCCUCUUAAUGGAAAUGAUGGAAAAACUGCCCAAAUUGAACCGGCGCCUCUCUCACCCAGGCCACUUCUGGAAAUCGGCUGAUCGCUGGCGGAAUCGCUACUCCAAAGGGCGCUACUACCACCCAGAAUUUAGGGGAACCUUCCGUCCCCUCUUGGAGGAAUAGCGUGUGUCCUGUUGGGUGCUCGUUUCUCACCCAUCAUACAUCCUGCAUCCAUUCUUCCCUUCCCUCACCCUUCUCCUCUAGCUCCUGACUCAUGUUUUUUAUUUUUUAUUCCCAUGCAAUGAAGUGUGUUUUUUAAAAAGUUGAACCGGCAAGUUGAGACAUUGAUGCUUUCUUAUUUUUCAGUGAAUUAUUUAAGUUCUCAAGUCAAAAAGCAGUAAUGUAAACUUGGUCCAAACCACUUCCGUGUCUUCCUGGUAUUCCCAAGAACCCCAGAGUUGGAGGUCCUUCAAAUGCCCUCCCUUCCCCCAAAUAUAGAAGUUAAUUAUCACUUCAUUGAUUACCAGGGAAGGGCAACGUAGAAUAACUGGCAGAGGACUAGCUUUGGAAUCAGGAAGACAUGUACAAGUCUUCAAUCUGACAAAGCUGACUAGAUCACUGAGUUAAUAUUUAUAAAAUCCUUUGCAGACCUGAAAGCGCUACAUAAAUACUGGUAAUUAUGAUCAUGAUUUUAGUUUUGUAACUGGGCAAGUCACUUAAACUCUCUGUGAUCCAGGUGAAUUAAGUUACUGAGGAGUGGCUGAUUUUUAACAGCAAAGGGACUUUCCACAAUGGGAAUUUCCCAAGACAGUGAAAUCCCAGUUUUCUCUGCUAUUUUUCCAUUCUGGGUAUUGGACCUUAAGGAAAUCACAGGAAAUCACAAAAAAUGAUAACUCCUUUCAGGGGCCCUCAGGGCAAUUUAUUGGUAUGGUCUUUUUGCCCAGUCUGGUCUGAGACUUCACAAUAUCCUAGGCACAUUUGACCACUGAAAGACACCCCAAGACCACUGCAAAAAGUGUUCUGAUCAUGGUUUUGUGUCUCACACAUAAAAGGGCUCCCUUCCCCUCAGCACCUUUCUCCUUCAGCUGUAGCAGUUUUGGAGAGCAUUCCCAUCAUUGGUUUAUCAUUAAAGUUCCUCUUUGGUUUAAAGAUGGUGGUUUUCUCUGGGUUCUGGCUUUUAUUUCUGCCUUCUCUCUGCCUGUACUGGCUUCCCUUUCACUGCCAAAUUCUCUUGUCUGAUAACCCUCUACUCUAGACAAAUACACUGGGCUUCCUUUCUCCUUUUGGCUUUGACCUUAUCCAUUAAGCUUUUUGGGCAGAGGGAAGGUAGCAACAGUAAUAUGUUUCCUCUGAGGCUGAUAGCUUAAUGUGAUUUUAUGUUUGGAUUUUGGAAGCUUACCUCGUUAAAUCCCUUCUCCCAAAUGAAGGGCAAAUCCCAAGAGUGCAAUGUUGCGCUAUUAGUGCUCCAUGUUCUUCUAUUAUCAAUCAAUCAAUAAGUAUUAAUAAAUAGCAAUAACAUCAACAAGCAUUUAUUAAGUACCUAAUUAUGUGCCAGACACGUGCUUUCUAUAUAUAGUCCCUGUCUUCGAGGAUCUUAUAUUUUAAGCAUGUGCCAGACAUUGGAGAUACUGAUUCAAAGAGUGUUGCUUGAAGUAUAUGAGCCAAAGCCUGGCUAGAGCUUGGAAAUCUUAUAAUAGAGAAUUUUACCAAAAUGAUAUUUUUAUUUUGAACAGAGAGCAUUUCAUAGUCCCAAGAAACUCUUGGGACUUCUAAAGUGCUUUAUGUCACUAAGUGCAGAAACCUUAACUAGGGUGAGGCACUAGGGGUUCUGACUCAGAGUGCCAAAAUUUAUAGGGUGCCAUUAGCACUUUUAUUUCUUGAGAUGAUUGUGUGAAAAAUCUUCCAGAUGUAGAUUUAGGAUCUUACAAACCCCUGAUGUUGCCAGGUUCCUGCCAAUGGAGCAGCUGCCCCUUCUCUCCAUCUGCCACUGCCCAAGUCCCAAUGACCAUAGCUCCCAUUUCUACUGUGUUUCUCCUUGGGGGAAAAAAAAAAACAUUUUGGGGGCUGAGGCAAGCAGCACAGGUGGCUUCCCUUUUGGAUACCUGAGAAAGCAGAAGCUCAGACAUGUUAAUUCACUCACCCAAGGUCCCACAGCUAGUAAAUGAUGCCAACAGCAAACAUUUACAGAGCAUAUUAAGGUUUCCAGAUUGUUUCCCAUGCAUUUGAUCUCUCCUCCAGCUUGGGACCACAGAGCUAUUUAGCAUCCAAGGCAGGAUUUGCACUCAGCCCUUUCUGAGGCCAGGUGUGGCACUACCCAUUACCCAUUCUGCUUUUUGAAUUUAAUUUUUAGUUGUGAGUCAGUGUUAUAAGUAAUGUGGUGGGGAAAACCCCAGAUUUGGAGUCAGAGACUUCAAAGCCUGCCUCUCCUAUUUAUUUCAGUAGUGAAUUUGAAAGAAUCACUUCCUCUUGGGGCCUCAGUUGCCUGUCCUCAGUAAGAUAAUCUGGGCUUGAAUUAGUUCUGUAGUUCCCACAAUUCUUUUGUUCAUUCUUCGGGCACAGUCUAGGAGAGCCCCCGGGAGAUUCUUUUCAGUAAUAGAAACCCAGUUUUUGAGCAAAUUCUUUACAAGAUAAAGGUUGGGAGAAUCUUAUUUGUGAAAUACGGAACUUGUCCUAUCAUGUAUGCAGGAGAAGUUGCUUUUAAAGUAAACAAAAUUAUUUCUAAAUUUCUUUUUGGCCGCAGUAACGUAAUUUUCCAAACCUUGGGCACAGCCAGUGGAAUUUAGGACCUAGUGGGGUGCUUUUGAGAAUCCCUAGAGCAGCUGACCUUGAAGUCCCUCCCAGCCCUAAAUCUCCUGAUCUUUUGGAUUUCCUGAGUCAGGGCUUGCAAGCUAAUCAUGUAAGAUCAGGCACGAUCUCAAAAGACAUCAUUUAGCUUGUUUAUUUUCCAAAUCUUGGUAAGAAAGAACCGAAAAGUUGGAUAUGGUUUUUAAAAAUCUACAUUAGUGAUAGGUCAGCAUUAACAAGUUUCGUUUGAGGGUCUGCUGGUUUGCGUGGUUGAGCUGCUUGUAUCAGUUGAUACUCAUUUGCCCACCCUCUAUACAGAGAAUAUUUGGGGUAUUUAUUUUUCUGGGUUGUCACAAUACAUGUUCAAUUUAAUUCACCAAGUAUUUACUAAGUACUUACUGUAUGUCACAUGCUAAAAAUAUAGAGACAAAACCAAAUUGCUCCAUCCUCGAGGAGAUUAUAUUCCACUGGGAAGGUAACCUAUACAGUCCGUUACGGUCACAAAUAAAUCACACCAUUUCCCCAGAUCCAGAGAGUGUCCAUUGUCCAGACCAGGAUCUCUCCUAGGGACUUGGGCAUAUCCCAAGCUAACAUUUCUCUAAUGUCCGCUUCCACUAUUUUUCAAUGAUCGCUAACUCUACAACGGUUUGUGCGUAUUGGCUGUUUUUUGUCUGUUUGUUUCCUU